CGAAAGAUCUCAACUGCUUCAACAAAAAUCGACAUUUAAUUCUUCCACUUCUAGGUAAUUAGAGGGAAUAUACCGGCAAAGAUUCCGAGUUUACGAUUCUAUAAAUACCAUCUAAUUCCCUUUGGAUUUUUUUAACCUACAUUCGCAGAAUAUUUUCUCUCUUUUCAUCAGCGAGCCGUUAGAUCGAGGAAGUUGUUGACAAGAAGGAGAAGAAGCAAUGGCUGGGGAGAAUUUGAAUGUGCUUAAUGCUCUUGAUGUGGCUAAAACACAAUGGUAUCACUUUACUGCAAUUAUAAUUGCUGGAAUGGGAUUCUUUACGGAUGCGUACGAUCUCUUCUGCAUCUCUCUCGUAACUAAAAUGCUUGGCCGGAUAUAUUACCACGUUGAAGGAUCAUCAAAGCCGGGGAGUUUGCCUCCCAAUGUAUCUGCUGCUGUCAACGGUGUUGCCCUCUGCGGAACACUUGCUGGCCAGCUUUUCUUCGGCUGGCUGGGCGACAAAAUGGGCCGAAAGAGAGUGUAUGGUGUCACGCUCAUGCUCAUGUCUAUUUGCUCCGUUGCAUCUGGCCUUUCUUUUGGCAGAGAUCCUAAAUCAGUAAUGGCUACUCUCUGUUUUUUCCGAUUCUGGCUUGGCUUUGGCAUUGGCGGUGAUUAUCCACUUUCGGCAACAAUUAUGUCUGAAUACGCGAAUAAGAAGACUCGUGGUGCUUUCAUAGCUGCGGUGUUUGCAAUGCAAGGUUUUGGGAUUCUGUCCGGUGGUGUAUUUGCAAUGAUAGUCUCGGCUGCAUUUGAUGCCAGAUUCAAGGCUCCAGCUUAUGCGGUUGAUCCAAUUGGCUCCACUGUCCCACAGGCAGAUUAUAUUUGGAGAAUUAUUUUGAUGGCGGGUGCUCUUCCGGCUUUACUUACUUAUUAUUGGCGACUGAAGAUGCCUGAAACUGCUCGUUACACUGCCCUCGUUGCCAAGAAUGCGCAACAGGCUGCAUCAGAUAUGUCGAAAGUUUUACAAGUGGACAUUGAGGCUGAACAGCAGAAGGUGGAGCAAAUAGCCGAAAAGCAGACGAAUUCUUUCGGUUUAUUAACAAGGGAAUUCCUUCGUCGCCAUGGACUUCACUUGCUCGGCACCACAAGCACGUGGUUCUUGCUCGACAUUGCAUAUUACAGCCAGAAUUUGUUCCAGAAGGAUAUUUUCAGCGCAAUUGGAUGGAUUCCAUCAGCAAAGACAAUGAAUGCUAUUCAAGAAGUUUAUACAAUUGCAAGGGCACAAACGCUUAUCGCCCUUUGCAGUACUGUCCCGGGGUACUGGUUUACAGUGGCUCUCAUUGAUAAAAUGGGAAGAUUUGCAAUUCAAUUAGUGGGAUUCUCCAUGAUGACAAUCUUCAUGUUUGCUUUGGCCAUUCCUUACGACCACUGGACACACAAAGACAACCACAUUGGAUUCAUCGUUUUGUAUUCCUUAACCUUCUUUUUCGCAAACUUUGGACCUAAUGCGACAACCUUCGUCGUGCCUGCUGAGAUUUUCCCGGCUAGAUUACGAUCCACCUGCCAUGGGAUCUCUGCUGCAUCUGGAAAAAUGGGAGCAAUAAUUGGUGCUUUUGGGUUCUUGUAUCUGGCUCAAAACCAAGACAAGGCAAAGGCUGAUGCAGGGUAUCCAGCAGGAAUCGGCAUGAGAAAUUCACUCAUCGUGUUAGGCAUAGUGAACCUUUUGGGGUUAUUAUUCACCUUCUUGGUCCCGGAAUCGAAGGGGAAAUCUCUAGAGGAGAUGUCAGGUGAAAAUGAAGAUAUGAACGAGGCAAGUGGCAAUAAAACAGUUCCUGUAGUAUAAAGGAGAUGCUAGCUACAAAUACUCUGCUUAUUGCUCUUUUUUCUUUGGGAUUUUCGUUUUUUCCCCCUUCUGCAAGGAAGUUCGUUAGUUUAAGCUUUUGAAUUUGUAGUUGCGUUACAAUUUAUAAAAAGAGUAAUAGUAUUAUUUUUCUGAUCUUAA